CCACCGCGCAUGCGCGACGCCGCUCCGUCCGGCGGCGGGAGGGGCUCGACCGGCUGCGCGGGAGGUGCCGCGGGAGUCCCGAGGCGCCGGGGCCGGUCCGGUGCCCGCUCGCCCGGCCAUGUCCGAGGCGUAUUUCCCUGUGGGCCCCGGGCUGGGCCCGGAGGAGAAUUUCCUGUCGCUGGACGACAUCCUGAUGUCUCAGGAGAAGCUGCCGGGCCGCGCCGAGAGCAGCCUGCCGCGUCUGGCUUUCGCGCUGGGCCCGGGGGCCGGCACUGGCGACUCCAUCCCUGAGGGAUCAAAGCUGGAAAUACCUCUGUGGCUUGCUAAAGGUCUACAUGACAGCAAAAGAAGAAUCAUUUCUGUGGAACUGCCAAAGAUUUACAAGGAAGCCUGGAGGACAGUGUUCAGCGCUGAUGCCAACGUGGUUGAUCUGCAUAAGAUGGGGCCAUACUACUAUGGAUUUGGCUCCCAGCUCCUGAAUUUUGACAAUCCAGAGAAUCCUGAGAUAGCUCAGAGUAUCCUGCAGACAUUUAUUAGCCGUUUUCGUCGUAUCAUGGACUCCUCUCAGAAUGCCUACAACGAGGACACAUCAGCACUGGUGGCUCGGCUGGAUGAAUUGGAGCGAGCCUUAUUUCAAGCUGGCCAGAAAGGGCUGAAUGACUUCCAGUGCUGGGAAAAGGGACAGGCUUCUCAAAUCACAGCUUCAAGUCUGGUCCAGAAUUAUGGGAAAAGAAAGUUCACAGAUAUGGAUGGUUAAAAGCCUGAAGAACAUGCAGCUACAGUGGGGGACACUGAGAGAUUUACAGUCUGUCUGUCAGAGAAGAGAAAGAUGAAUCAGCUUUGCAGAAGGACAGGCUCCCUGUCCAUUAAUGGGAAUUCUUCUCUAGAACAUCUUCGGAUUAGACCAGUGCAAAUUUUAAAGGCAGACGGCAAGGGUAUAAAAAAUAGAUUGCAUCACAUCACUGGAUAGCUUUACAGCUUACUCAUACCACUCCUGAGGAUUUGCAGUUAAAAGUGUUUGCUAGGUGGCUGAAAGGGUAUGAGAGGAUUUUCUAAAGGGGUAAUUAAUAUUUAUUAUUCUUUAUCUUCCAAAUUGAUAUUUACAAUACUGAAUCUGUUUGGAAAAAAGUGUAAUUCUAUGUAUUUCAUCUUGUCCUUCCCAUUCCAGCCUCCUGGGAACAAGUGUUUCCAUGUUCCCUGUUCUUUGGAGAGCCUCAAUGAUGUGCAAAAAAAUGUGCUACAAACCGCAUUGAAUUUUUCCCAUUUCUAAUACAUUGAGGUGGAACAGGUACUCUUUGUGAGGCAGGAAUGUUUUUCUUUGCUGACUUUUGUACACAGUGUUAGUGCCCCAGGGAAAAAUACCUCCUCUAACCCAUGUAGCAAGCGAAGUGGCUGGACAGGUCUCAUGUGCCGCCUCAUCCUCUCCCUUUCAGCCCUUGUGGUCUUGAUGCUGCACAGGGUGGAGAAUGUUCUCGUUUGAUGCGAGUGGCUUUGGCAAUGGAUGCAUCUCUAUGAUAGGUGUUAAGCUCCUCCGCUUGUUUUACAGAGGAGGCAACAGAAGUCAACAAAGAGUCUGGACCGUAUCAGAAGCAGCAACUUUAAUGGAAACUCUCCCCCAUUAUCAACCUCUGAGCCAUCUGUUUUCCCAUGAGAAAUUCUUCUGAUUACUAAAUUUGGUUAGUAGAAGAGACAGAGCAAAUGAACUGAGUUUCCUUUCUUCUGAUCCAUCUAAAUGAUUCUAGCAAAAUGAUCCUAGUAAAUGUCAUUCUUGCCCGUAGAAGUGACUGGAGUUGGAACUUGCUAAUCAGCACAGUGGUUAUCACCCCAUGUGGAUGCCCUUAAACUUAGAUUAUCUGAAGUCCCAUUGGAUUGGAGACAGAAAACAGAUUGUUAUCUCUGUAGGGCGUAGUUCCCACAAUCAUCAGGAUGGUCGUCCUUUGGAAGCAGGUAUUAGAUAUCUUAUGGGUGCUUCUGAGCAUCUGUAGCAGGUGGACCUUGCAGAGUACCUAAGCGGAGGAGCCAGAUUGUAAUGAUACUGAGCGCUUCCUCUUCUGUGGGAAUCACUGGGAGGUGGCAGCAAGAUCCAGACCUUGGAGGAGUUGUUACUGGACUUGCAGAUGCACCUGGAUAUCGGAUACUUCAAGCUGGAAACCUCAAGUACAAAGGGUGCGUGGCCAUCCCUUGGCGAGAGGACUGAAAGCUCUGCCUCUGGAGGUGGUGAGAGGGGACAGUGUGCUGGCUUCACACGCACCUUGGUGUCUCCACCUCAGCUGCACUGGGCCAGCUGUCCUGCCACAGGAGACUAAUUGGAAGCUGUGCCUGACAAAGUAUUUCAAGUAUGUGCAAGAUCAAAUGCAGCUGAACUUAAUGACUUAAUGGCACAUAAUAGCCUAUGUAUUUUCAUGAGGUUUUUGUCUAUUGUCCAUUUCUGGAUUUUUAUUUUGAAUAAAUAUUUUGUAAGGGGA